AUGAAAAAUUUGACUUUUUAACUUUGUUUUCGACUUUUGUUGAAUGAUCUUGAAAAUAUUAUAAUUCACAAUAUUCACUAGCCGAAAACAAAAACAUCUUCUUCUGUUGAUAAUUCACUAAUCUAGGAUGGCGAAAGCAGAGAGUCAAAAGCAAAUUGCACAAAAAAAUUGGGAAUUGACAAAUAAAGUGGAAGUUAUUAAUACUGUAGAUGAAAUUUAUCGAUAUGAUAAAAAACAACAGCAAGAUAUAUUGGCCGCUAAGCCAUGGGACAAAGACCCUCAUUUCUUCAAGGAUAUUAAAAUUUCAGCAUUAGCCUUACUAAAAAUGGUGAUGCAUGCUAGAUCAGGGGGCACAUUGGAAGUUAUGGGGCUUAUUUUAGGAAAGGUUGAUGGUAACACAAUGAUUGUUAUGGAUUCUUUCGCUUUACCUGUUGAAGGUACCGAAACAAGGGUGAAUGCCCAAGCUCAAGCCUAUGAGUAUAUGAGUUCCUAUAUCGAUGCUGCCAAACUAGUUAAAAGACAUGAAAACGCUAUUGGAUGGUACCACAGUCAUCCUGGUUAUGGCUGCUGGCUCUCAGGAAUAGAUGUUAGCACUCAAAUGUUGAAUCAAAACUUCCAAGAGCCUUUUGUUGCUAUUGUCAUUGAUCCAGUAAGAACAAUUUCUGCUGGAAAAGUAUGUCUGGGAGCGUUUAGGACCUAUCCAAAGGGAUACAAACCACCAAAUGAAGAACCUUCCGAAUAUCAAACAAUCCCACUGAAUAAAAUCGAAGAUUUUGGGGUUCAUUGUAAACAAUACUACUCUUUAGAUGUAUCUUACUUUAAAUCUGCUUUAGAUAGAAGACUACUUGAUUCAUUGUGGAAUAAGUACUGGGUUAAUACAUUGAGUUCAUCUUCGUUAAUUACUAAUGCAGAUUAUACAACAGGGCAAAUAUUUGAUUUGUCGGAGAAAUUGGAGCAAAGUGAAUCAGCUAUAGGUCGAGGCAGUUUCAUGGUGGGGGGCAAUGAUCCACACGAAAAGAGAACUGAAGAUAAAUUAUCUAAGGCCACAAAGGAUAGUUGCAAGACUACAAUUGAAAUAAUCCACGGAUUGAUGGCUCAGAAGAUUAAAGAUAGAUUAUUCAAUAGCACUUCUACUAACAACGUUUGUAACCCAAAAAACAAUAAUUGAUUAGAUUUGUAUGAAAUUCGAUUUAAAUUAUUUUUAUUAAUUAAAAUUAUUAUUUGAUCUGA